AAACAUACUUCUUCCUUUUCUCCCUCGAAUAUCCAAUGCACUCGAAUCACCUCUUUCAAUAGAUUGUUCUAACCCCGCUCUCAUACUCCAAAACUGAGAGACCAGGGAGAAGAAGAAAGCAACAUGUGGCUUCUCAGUCGUGUUAUGAAUAAGAAGCCCACGGCACCAUCCACGUCCGCAACUGGAACUUCCUCCUCCUCUCCAACAUCGAAUCCAAAUUCUUCUAACAAUGCGCAGGUCGCAGUGCUUGGGCGGCCUGAAGAUUACGGUCCUGGGGUCGAGCUGAUUGCCCGGCGAGUGCACGCAAUUCUAGACGAUCUCGCUCCAUACGUCCUGUCCCAUGCUCCAUUCGACUGGAUAGACUGUCCUACUUUGUCGUUCCUGGCCAGCGAUACCGAACCCAAUCCCUGUGAUACGCGCCGUGUCAAUGAGCGGCCCCAGCGCAUCAUCGACCGUAAUGAACACUGGCCCCUGUCGGAGAUUCGCCAGCUUCCCCGUAUCCUUGAGCCUUGCAUUAUUCACGGUAUGACCGCCUACGAACUGGGGAUCUUCAUCGUCACCAUGCUGUACCACCGUGACCGUCAGCUGGGUGGCAUGGUGACGCUGCUCGUCGACGCUGGAAGUACCUAUGCGGCUGUCGGUACGAAUAUCGUUCGGUACCUCUGUCUCUAUGAUGAUCAGGGCGCUCUGUGGAGCGAACACCUUCGACUUGGGGAUACGGAGGCUCGACCCAUGUGGAAUACUGGUGGUGGUACCCAACGAACUGUCGUGCGAUUGGAUUAGGUUCCAUCCUCAGAUUGGGUCCUGCCCAUUAGGAGCAGCAGUUAUUCUGCCAACACCUGUGCAAUAUCAUCAGCAGUUCCAGUACCGUAACCAUGAUUUUCUUGUUCACCGUUCUUCUCCUCCCACGGAAUAUCCUCCUCCGCCUUCAGCGACACCUACGCCUCCCAGUUCCAAUAUAGCUACGACAACCACGUUGCACAUGCCACCGCCCCAUUGGUCAUCUAUCGGUGAAGAUAUGGAUAAUAUGGAUACUACUCCCUAAGUUUGAGAGAUCUGGCGAUGCGAUUAACCUCUCUUUAUCCAUUCUGGGAAUACAUUAUGUUCUUCUUCUUUUUUUUAACUUUCCCCUGGAUUUGAUUUUAAAUACACAUCAUCGAGAAUGAUUUAUGUAUCUAGGUUAAUUCAACUAAAUGAAACAAAUCCC